AUGCCGCCGCACGGGAAGGGCCUGCCUCCCCGAAAGACUGUACGAUGCAAGUUCUUCAACGACGACGGCGAACCCAUAUCUGGCGGCUGCAACAGGAGUGCUGCAGCCUGUCUGUUCGUCCACCCAGACGAACCACAGUGGACUGACGCUGAGAAGAGGCUGAACCCGGGCGUGGAAAUGGCGUCUCGAGGAAGGCGAUACAGCAAUAACAGCAGCAACUAUCGCAGCGGCAGGCCGCUCUCCCGCUCUCGCUCGCGCUCUCCACUCUCGCGCUCGCCGUCUCCGGCUCAUCGCAGCCGCUUGCCGGGUCCGUCCAGCCGACGACGACGAUCACCCACCCCGCCGCGGCGUCCUGGCGAUCGGAGUCGGAGUCCGCAGGGCGAUUAUUACGAUGGUCGCUUCGCAAGGAGAGUCGAGCGGGACAGGGGGUACGGUCGUCAGAGCCCAACUCGCAGCGCACGCGCCUCGAGCCCGUCACACAGCAGUGCACGCGCCACCAGCCCGCCCACGCCCCGCCAGCGACCCCCACAGGCGCAGGCAGGCCCGAGCAGAGCGCCCAUGUCACCUGUCCAGGUCCAGCCGGCCAGGUCAGACACGAUGGCGGUCGACCCCGCGCCUGCCACGCCCACGGCGCCCGCCACGCUUAGACCCGGACCACCACCACAACGCGCUUCAGGAUCGCUAGGUGGAAUGGGUCCACCACCACCACCACCUCCUCCUUCAUCAAUGCCGCCACCUCCUCCACCUUCAUUGCCACCUUUCGCGCCGAACCCGUUUAAGGUGCCGCUGCCGCCGCCUCAGAUGGUCGGUGACCGCUUGAUGACGGAGAAGGAGAAGGUGGACAUCUGGGAUAAGCGUAUUGCAUUGGCCGCAGACGCGCUGGUAUUACGUCGAGAGGCCAAUAAACUACUGGAAGACCUCCAACAAGCCGAAGCACUUUCGUCUACUAGCCCUGCAGUCGCCGAAGCUGCCCAGCGCCUCGGUGAACGCAAGAAACAGGUAGACGAAGAGUUGCGCAAGAAGAUCGAGCUGCUCAAUCGAGAGCACUUUUGGCCUAUCACGAAGGAGGUCGAUGUCGAGAAGCUGCAGAAAGAGUUUGAAGGGAUGGGAGAGAAGGCGGUGGAGGUGCAGGAGAAGCUGGCAGAGUUCGAGACAUUGUUGAGGGAGGUGAUGAGGAAGGAUGCACAGUUGAGAGGGGAGGGCGAAGGAGAUGGCCAUGGAGGUGGAAGGGCGAGGAAGAGAAGGAGGAUCGAGGAUAGUGAAGAUGGGGAGGUUGGUAGCGACGACGAAGAGGUGGCGAGGGAGAAGGAGUUGAUUGUAGAGGCGGAGAAACAUCUGGAAGUGUUGUAUACGGGCAUACGCGCUCAGAUGGAUGAUCUGAAAGAGUCAGUGGCGCAGGAAGCCCGAGAUGCGAAGGAGGAAGUGUUGGCCAAGAUCGACGAUUCCGUCGCGGACAUCCUUGCUUCUUUCCAAGCAGAGGAGGGCGAAGAGGGUGGCCUCGUCUUUCGUGCCGAGCCUGGUCCACUCGCGAUGGCACGCCUGGAGCGAGAAGAGAGUCGGCAGCAGGGCUUCGAGAAUGACCUUCGAGUCUUGAGGGAGGAGCAUGAGGAGCUUAUUCGAAUGAAAGACGAGAAGAUUGCCGAGCAGGAGGCGGAGAUCGCACAGUUGCGGGCGUUGCUAGAAGAAGUCACUAUAGGCUACGAGCGCGAUAAAGCAGAGACCGAAGCUCUCGUCGCUGCAUCGGAAACGCACGCCGCCGCACUGGAACAACGCCUCGCGAAUCCACCUCAAAGAGCGCCGAUCCCUGACGCCAUGACCAUUCUCGAUAGUCUUCCGACGUCUCUUGAUGAGAUGGUCAUGGCAAAGCUACACCCUCUCAUGGUCGAAGCAAACGAAUCGACGCGCAAGAAACUCGAAGCACACUCCAAGUCCGUACAGGAGAAGAUUGUAUCGACUGUCAUCGAGGGCGCCCGAGUUGCGCACGUACUCGUGAACUAUCUGAAUGCAAAGGAUCGCGAGGGAUUGCAAGCAGUGCUUGAGAGCAUGACAGCGCAGGAAGGCAAGAAUGGCGCGAGGGCAAUACAGCCCUCAUCGUCGGCGGCCAAGCCUGGGUCAAUGCUGCCUCCACCUCGACCGGUGUCCUCAAUCUCAGUACCUCAGAAGAUGCCUCCUACGGGCGCUUCACAACUUCCGCAAGGCAUGACCAACGGCUGGCCGGAGAGCGUGGGACACCAAGUCCCCGCACCGGGCCCGCAACAUGCGUACUCGCAGUGGACCAGUAUCCAGCAAAAUCAGGGAGUAGGAACACCAGGUCAGACUCCUCUGCCACACGUCCAGGGAAUCUCGAAGGCUUAUUCUCAGGCGGAUUUUGUGCAGGGCCACGCGUCGUUGAUGGAGCUCAUGCAGGCGGCUCGGCGUGAUACGGCCACUACGCCCUCAAGCUCGGAUGCUGCCACCUCCUUCGCCUCUCCUUCUGUUAACGCAGAGGGUACCCGCUCUCGAUCUCGGCCUCUUGAUGUACCAAUGGACAUUGAUUCUUCCUCUGCACCUCUCGCCACGUCUCAACCUGCAAACGGCAUACACACGCCUCAUCUUGAUUCUUCCACAUCCACCUCCGCCGCGCCACCCCUAUCCACAUCGCCUCUUGCAAAUACCUCGUCUACAGUAAAACCUACUGCUAAUACACACCCACCGACGGGUGCUUUGCCAACAUCAACUCGGUCCGAACCUAUUACACCAUCCACUACUCAUACCACAGCGAGCCGUACUCUCGCGGCGCCGACACCUCUAGUCCCACCGCCUGUCGCUAUCGCCUCACAACGUUCGCGCUCCAGGUCUGUUUCGCCGCCACCUUCACCACCAUCUGGUAUCCAACCAUCAUCCGUCUCUUCGGCCAACGCACCGGCACCCGUUCCCAAGCGCUCUUCACCCUCGUUGACCGUGACGCCGGCGCCGGCGUCUAGCUCCGGGCCCUCCGUGCAGCGAAAGCAAAGUGGCGCUGCACCGAACCCAACUUUCGCACUGGGAAAGACUCAUGCAACGAAGACGGCCGAGCCAAAGCAUCCCCCGGCUACGACAGCUGUACCGAGAGCCGCUUCUCAAGCAAUAGCGCAGCCGGCUUCGGCCCCAGCUAGGGCGCACUCCUUUCCUACUGGGUCUCAACCCGCGCGUCGUACCCCACCCGACACCGCUGGGUCAGCCGUCGCUGCAGCGUACGGCGCACGUCGCACGAGCAUGAGCGGCCGCGAGUCCGAUCAAAGUCGCAAAGAGCAAGAGCCGCCGGCGUCUGCACCUCCUGGAUCUAGUCUACGUCGGGAGGCAUGGCCUCCUCCGGGCGAACGCGCUCGUCGUCCUUCGGGGCCGGAGACUCAUGCCGUGCCUGAGGUCCUGCCGCCGCUUCGACUGGGAAACAACGGGUUUGUGCCGGACGAGCGCAGAGCAAGUGCGACUUCGCCCUCCGUUGGAACAAUGCCGCGGACUGCGGGGCUCCCGCCGGCACCGAGAUUGGUUUCUUCGACGUCGCGCGAAGGCACUGCUCCUCAGGCUGAACGAGGGAGGGAAAAUCAGGCUGCUCCUUCGAGGUAUAGGCGGCGAGACGCGUACUCUGCGUCGCCGAAUUGGGAUUGA